AUGCAAAGCAUCGAAAAUCAAAAUGGAUACCGAAGCAACUUUUUUCUUUCCUUACUUUCGUCAAAACAGUUAAAAUAUGAUCUAUUGCUUUUUUUCCUAGGUGGAGAGAAGUUUCUCUCUCUCUCUCUCUUUCUCUCUCUCUUUCUCUCUCUUUUUCUCUCUCUUUCUCUUUCUCUCUCUCUCUCUCUUUCUCUCUCUCUUUCUCUCUCUCCCUCUUUCUCUCUCUCUCUUUCUCUUUCUCUCUCUCUCUUUCUUUCUUUGUUGCUCACUUUGAUUUCUUUUUUUUUCUUUCUUUUCAUGAUUAUUUCCUUCUUUUCAUGCAGUGAUUCUUUGUUUCUUUCCUUUUUUUUCUUUCUUUCUUUUUUCUUUCUUUCAUUUUGUUUUCUUUUUUUUUCUUUCACCCAUUUUUCUUUCUUUCUUUCUUUUUCUUUCUUUCAUUUUGUUUUCUUUUUUUUCCUUUCACCCAUUUUUCUUUCUUUCUUUCUUUCCUUCUGGCGUGCUUUCAUUCUCUAA